AUGUCUUCAGAGGACAAGGAAGCUCAGGAGGACGAGCUGCUGGCUCUGGCCAGCAUCUAUGAUGAAGAUGAGUUUAAGAGAGCAGAGUCUGCCCAAGGAGGAGAGACAAGAAUUUGCCUGGAGUUGCCUCAGGACUUCAAAGUUUUUGUGAGUGGCAGCUCCCCAGAGAGCCUGCAGAGCAGUGGGUUUGAGUACUCCGUGUGCUUCCUGCCUCCCCUCGUGCUGAACUUCGAGCUUCCUCCCGACUACCCCUCGACGUCCCCUCCGCUCUUCACCCUCAGUGGCAAAUGGCUCUCCCAGGCUCAGCUCAGUGCUCUCUGCAAACACCUGGACAACGUGUGGGAGGAGAACCGAGGCUGUGUGGUCCUUUUUGCCUGGAUGCAGUUCCUGAAGGAAGAAACACUGAGCUACCUGAACAUUUCCUCCCCAUACGAGCUGAAGCUGUGCCACCCAGGGCAGGGGCAGAGCCGGACGCCGUCGGUGCCUGCGGAGGAUGGGAAGGACUGUGAGGCUGCUGCAGGCUCAGCCUCGGCCGAGGAGGAGACCAUGGAUGCCAGAGCUGUGCAGGAUGUGGAGUCCUUGUCCAGUCUGAUCAGGGAAAUCUUGGACUUUGACCAGGCCCAGAGGAGGAAGUGCUUUAACAGUAAGAUGUACUUGUGCAGUAUCUGCUUCUGUGAGAAGCUGGGCAGCGAGUGCAUGCACUUCACCGAGUGCAGCCACGUGUACUGCAAAGCUUGCCUGAAGGACUACUUUGAGAUCCAGAUCCGGGAUGGACAGGUGCACUGCCUCAACUGCCCCGAGCCCAAGUGCUCGUCCGGCGCCACUCCUGGCCAGGUGAAGGAGCUGGUUGGGGAGGAGCUGUUUGCCCGCUACGACCGCCUGCUGCUGCAGUCCAGCCUGGACCUGAUGGCAGACGUGGUGUAUUGCCCCCGGCCAGGCUGCCAGACCCCCGUGAUGCAGGAGCCUGGCUGCACCAUGGGCAUCUGCUCCUGCUGCAACUAUGCUUUCUGCACCCUCUGCAAGAUGACUUAUCACGGGGUCUCUCCCUGCAAAGUCACUGCAGAGAAGUUAAUGGAUCUGCGAAAUGACUAUUUAGAAGCAGAUGAGACCGCUAAGAAGUUUUUGGAACAACGUUAUGGCAAGAGAGUGAUUCAGAAAGCCCUGGAGGAGAUGGAGAGUAAGGAGUGGCUGGAGAAGAACUCCAAGUCCUGUCCUUGCUGUGGGACUCACAUAGAGAAACUGGAUGGCUGUAACAAAAUGACAUGCACAGGCUGCAUGAGGUACUUCUGCUGGCUCUGCAUGGGUGCCCUGUCCCGGGCCAACCCCUACCGGCACUUCAACGACCCCUCGUCCCCCUGCUUCAACAGAUUGUUUCAAGCCAUGAACAUCGACGAUGGGGAGUUCUGGGAAGAUGAUGAUGAAGACCAGUAG